CAAUGUGAUCAACAGGAAACCUACAGAGACGUUCUGUUAUUCUUUCUUCCUUUCAGUGUCUUCAGUCAGAUCCUGGGUGUUGCUUCUUUUAAAGAUCUACAAACAUACCAUGGAGUAAUUUGGACAUUUUUGAAAAUUAUUUCACUUUCUGUCCAUCUAGAAUUUUUGCCAUCAAGUUUUUUUUUCUCAUCCUUCAUUUGCAAAGUUUCUUGUGUGUAGAUCCUCUCGGGCUUUUCUCUGCUUUUUGUAAGCUGCUAACAAAUGGAUGGUGAAACAUAUUUUCAGCUUUUCAGCUGUUAUUUAACUUGUAACUUGUGAUGUGAAAUCACAGUCGAAGGAGAAGCUGCUGUUACGGGAACCGAGUUAUUUAUUUAUUUCAUUUUGUAUACUGAAGAGCGGCAAACUUGAAACCAUGAGUUUUGAUAACAUUCCUUCGAAAUCAGAGGUCAUGGGUUGGGAUCCACCUCACUUAGCUGACUUUCUGAGAAGGCGAGAUCUGAGUGGAUGUGACAAAGUCGUUAUGAAAUGUGGAAUGAAUGGGCAGAGAUUUCUGAAUAUGUCUGAUAACGAUCUUCAAAAGUUUCCCAAACUUCAUGCCCCACUCAUCUCCAAAAUCUCCCGGGAAAUCAACAAAAAAGAGGAGAAGAGAGGAUUUUUUCAAUUAAGAUCCUCUGCGCCCAAAUACCAAGAAGCAGAUUUGCCUGUUGAGGACCAAGGAUGGGGAUCUGAAGAGUUUGAAAGCGAUGAUGAUUAUGAGAGUCCAAAUUCAAAUGAUGAAGGAGAAGGCAGUGGUGGAGAUUAUGAAUCAGCAGCAGAUGGUGGGGUGGACAGCGAUAACGACUACGAACCGCCCCCAAGCGAGCCACCCGAUGACCUCCAGCAUCACCAAAUCUGUGUUGCCAAGCACAGCAACAGCGAGUAUAUUGACCGGUCUUCAGUCACCAACCAGCCACCAGUGCCUCCAGCACGGCCUGGUCCUGGGCCUGGUCCUCCACUUCCUGCUAUGGGACGCCCGAGUAUUGUUGGAGCAUACCCAAGGUCAGAACAGUCUCCUCAAAGGACUCAGAGACCUCCUCCUCCUGAUCGCAGUAAAAAGCCAGGAAGUCUGGAAAGGACAAGUAAUAAAGGUGGGAAUACCUCAAAUGACCGGAAUACCAAGCCACCAGUCAGGAAUGCCGGACUUUUGGAGCCUCCACGAAUGCCCAAACCUCCAGUACCUACAGCAGGGGGGGUGCGAAGAAGUGCUUCUUCUGUUACUCCUGGUCAAGCUUAUAACAGACAAUCACCUGAUCCCAGAUCUGAGUUCUCUGAUGAUGGUGUCAGAUCCAGCUUUACCUUUCCUCACUCCAAACAUGCCAGGAAUCCAUCACCAAGACCACAACCACACGGAUCUGGAGGUCCACCUGACAGUUUUAGUCAGACAGCCUCUCUACCUUCAAGACUGCUGGAUGCAAAAAGAGGGGGUAGCUCGAGAAUUCCACCACUCCAAAUGAGGCCAUCAGAUCUAGAUCCUCGUGGAGAGCAGGGUAUGGACCCUACAUGGUAUGUUGGACAGGUUACACGUGGUCAGGCAGAAGGCAAUCUAAGACAUGUAAACAUGGAUGGAGCAUUCUUAGUACGGGACAGCUCAAAGGGCACUGCCACCCAGCCUUACACACUCAUGGUACUUUACCAGAGCAAAGUAUUUAACAUUCAGAUUCGCAAAGCACAGGAUGGCUUCCUCCUUGGAACCGGCCUUAAAUCUAAUGAGGUCUUUAAAAGUGUCUCUGAAAUUAUCAACCAACACAUGCAGAUGCCACUGCUGCUGAUUGAUGCUAAAAACCGUGGAACAGGUCAACAAAACCAGUGUGCUUUGCUUCACCCUGCUGGAUUUUAACUCUCUAAAGGACAACACAGUACGGUGGGAAGUUGAAACACACCUGAUGAGAUGGAAAGCAUAACUAUGAAAAAAAUACUUUCCUAGAGGGAAAGAGGUGGCAGAAAAUUUUUAUAGUAUGUUUUUGAUGUCACAGUAAUAUGCUGGAUAUGUGUCUUGCUAUAGAUAAUUAAAAGUUUAACAGUCAUGCGGGAGUAUGUUUGAGUCUAUGCCAAUCUAUAAAGCCUGAUAGACAAAAGAAAGUAUACAGAGACAUAUACUCUAAGAUGGAGCCACUAGUACAAAAACCAAGUGCAUGAGUCAGUCAAUCAUGGAUUGAACUAAACCUGCCAACUUUUUUUUUGCCCAUACAAAUAUUCUCAUAUAUUUAUGUAUUUGCAUGUAUGGUCAUGUUUCUGUCAUACAAACAGAAAUGCUUCCAUGUCUUUUGUUUUUUUUCUUGCUUAAAUAAAAUUCUCUAACCUACCAUGGUGUACAUA